UCUAUUACAUUUAUUGAGGUAUUUAAUGAUAAGGAAAUGUAUAAAUGGAUUAUCCUGGCAUUAGUUCUAGUUGCUGAAACGAAAAUCCACCCUGGUAUUUUCUACUUUCCUUCAGAAGAGGAUGUUGGUGAUAGCCCAGGAGGCACAUCCCGGCCAAGGACAUUUUUCAGCAGCUCCUCCUUAGAUGGAAUGUUCACAUGUAAGCAGCCUGCUGUGGACGUCCAAUCUAACUACACAAUCAGUGUUUGGAGUUUCAAAACUCAGUGCUACAGAAUUUAUAACGAUGAAGUCAACAGACAGAUGGUAUCAGGAAUAGUAAACUACCUGUUAGCACCAACAGAAGACAACAAGCGCUUUGUGGAUAGCUGGGCAAGUAACUGGGACACUACCUGGAUCAGGUGCUAUGAGAUGGAGGUCACGUGUGACUCCUUCAACCCUGCUAUCCCUGACAAGUUCUCUUCUGGCUGGAGGUUAUGCAAGGGGUAUGAGCAGUAUAGAAAAAUGUCAAACAAGGACGAUACUGAACCUAAAGCAGAAACUGAAUCAGACACUAAACCAGAAGAUAAGGUUGCUGAAGAUACAGAGAAAGUAGAGGAUGAUGACGGCCGAAAGAAGAGGGAUACAGGAGAUACAAUCAAAGCGGGUAUCAAAGACUUCGCUAAGGGCGAGGAUCCUCUGUCUGCUAAAAGAACCUACAACCUUAUCAACGUAACUAAGACAGGUUCAUUCUAUAUUGGCUGGCAGGUUACAGGCUCUCAGAACUCUCCAGUUAACAGAGAAUAUGUGGAGCUAACUAUAAAAGCAAGAGAUAGGAACCUCAACAGUUACCUGGAGGCUAAAGAUUACCCUCUUUUGAUCUUCUUUGGUAUUCUGAGUGGUAUAUACGCUGUUCUAGCGUUGGUAUGGUUGAUAGUAUGUGGUAUUCACUACAGAGAUAUCCUACAAAUACAGAUAUGGAUAGGAGGAAUGCUGGCUCUCAAUAUGGUGGAGAUGAGCGUAUUUUGUAACAAAUAUCAGACGGUUAACAAUGGACACGAAGUAUCGGACGGUUUGGUGGUAUUUGCAGAGCUCCUUUCAACCUUCAAACAUGGCUUAUCUCGUAUCCUGGUACUUAUCAUUUGUAUGGGAUACGGCAUCGUUAAACCCAGGUUAGGAACAACAAAACAUCUUGUGUUGGCUCUGGGUCUGGCGUACUGUCUCUUUGUCUCCAUCGACAGUAUAUACGUUAAAUUAGUGGCUCCCACCAAACCAAUGACACAGAGACAGCGGCUGUACGCCUACAUCCCCCGUGCUGUGGUUAACGCUGUACUUAUCUGGUGGAUCAUUGCUUCUCUCGUCUCCACCAUCAGAACUCUUAGAAUGAGGAGGAACGUGAUAAAGUUGACACUCUACAGACACUUUAGUAAUGCCCUUGCUUUUGGUAUCCUAUCUUGUGUAGCGUUUGAAGUAUGGUGGAUCCACCUUACUAAAGAGGGCUGUAUACAGAACUGGAAGGAGUAUUGGUUAUCAGAUGAUAUCUUCUGGAAUGUUCUCUUCACAAUGAUAUUGAUAGUGAUCAUGUUCCUGUGGAGACCCACCGUCAAUAACUCCAGAUACGCGUUCUCUCCGUUACUAGAUACUGACGAGUCAGAAAGUGAGGAGACUAUUAACGAGGCAUUCGAGGGCAUGAAAAUGAGAAACAUAAAGAAGAACGGCUCGACGAAGAAAGAAGGAAACAUUGACGAAGAUCUAAAAUGGGUGGAAGAAAAUAUCCCAUCAACUCUUGGAGACACUGUGUUCGAGAAACUUAUGGACUCAGAUGAAGAGGUUGAACACAGAAAAUACGAAAUGUCCAAAAUGCAGUGAAACAUAUUACCAUACCAACUGGUUACCAUACCAACUGGUUAUCAUACCAACUGGUUACCACACCAACUGGUUACCACAGCCACUGCUUUGGGACUGCUUUAGGACUCAUUUUCCCCGAUUAAAUUUUAUUGUAUGGAAGCAGUUUAAUUUAUUUUCGUAGAUUUCACUCACAAUUUAAAGUCUGUAAAACCCACACUGGAGUAUUUGUGAUUGUCAUUUUGAUAAAUGUAGACGUUUUCAACAGUGUGCACUUCGCUGAGUUUUAUUUUGAAAUCAAGGAUUUUAUAAAGAUUACAGCUUGGUGUGAGAAUAAUUCGAAAAACGCUGGUCAAAAAUGUUAACAUAAAUAUUUAUAAAUUUUCACCACAAAGUUUUGAUUAUGUACAGCUGGACUUGAUGAUCACAUAAACAUUUGGACUACAUUUAUAAAUAACCAACUUAUCUCUUUUAUUUAAUGAUAUUGAACAGAUAUUAGCUGUCUGAGUUAACAACAACAGGCUACACGUGUUUAUUUUACUGUAGAGUUAUUCAUAUCAUUUCAUGCAUGUUUUAGUUGUUUUGGAAUUGGUAAAAUUCGACCGAGAAAAAUCGUCAGAUUAAACAAGUUUUCAUUUCUCACGGGGCAGAAUUAAUAUCAUGACUAAAGUUAGAUUUCCUCUUAAUUAAACAUACAAAUGUACUUCCCGCGAGUUACUCCCGUUUUGGUCAAAUGUUAAUUAAUUAAUUGAUUAAUUAAUUAAUGUUUAUGUCUUGCAUGUCAAUGAAUUUGCUUUCGGGGAUACAUUAUUAUUUGUUUUGCGCUCAAUCGUUGCUAAAAUUUGCUAACAUUGUGUUACAUUUGUUUAUGUCAAUGUUUCCUUGAUGAAUGAAUAA